AUUAUUAGAUGUCCCUUGGUGAAUUCUGGAAGACCAUCAAAAAAUCAAAAUUAGUGGUUUAGAGUGAUUGAGGCAAAGGCGGAUUUCAUUGUAGAUCUAUCGUCCAGUACUGUCUGUCCAGAGAGAUGGCGAACUCAUCAGACCAACUUCUUGGAACAUGGCGCUUGUUGGUGUCUGAGAUAGAAGGAGUGGACACGGAGUUCGCUGCUGCCCUAAUGAAUCUCGAUGAAGCUACAGAGACUCACGUCGGGUUCCUGAAGCGGCCUUACGACGUGACCUACUCGCGGACAGACGACGGCAAGUACUGGAUCUCCGUGGCCUUUCACGACCCGUCUAUCGUCAAGCCGCCUAUUGGACCUUUCACUUUCGGCACCCCUGUGUACACCCAGCCUCCAUCCCUAUCAAAAC